AUGGGAAACGAACAAGCGAAACCAUUUACUUUCCACCAAGAUGGUUCCAUGUCAACUGUUAAUACUACUUCUAAUUUUAAACCGAUGUCGGCAAAAUUUCAAAAAGGAGUGAAAUAUAAUAUGAAAGUCAUUAUUCGGGGUGAUAUUAGAACUGGAAAGUCUACGUUAUUUCAUCGUUUACAAGGAGAAUCAUUUCACCAGGAAUACACAACAACACCACAAAUACAAGUAGCUAAUAUUCAAUGGAUAUACAAAAAUACCGACGAUGUGAUAAAAGUGGAGAUUUGGGAUGUUGUUGAUAAAGGAAUAAAUUUGUCGAAGUCGAAUAAUAAUAUUACUACUGCCACUAAAUCGCCAAAUUCACCGACGAAGACUACUAAUAAUAGUGUUGGAUUAAAAAUAGAAAAUGCUCCCGCAACAUCACCAGCUCCAAAUGCAGCUUCACCAACACCACGACCGGUACCAUCUAGUCAAAAUUUUAAUCUUGAUGCCGCCACAAUAGACGUUUAUCGAAAUACACAUGGAGUGAUCCUAAUGUUUGAUAUCACGAAAACUUGGACUUUUGAUUACGCUAUAAAAGAAAUUCGAAAUGUCCCGGGACAUUUGGCGAUAUUGCUCUUGGGAAAUUUUGGUGAUCUCAGCGCUAAACGUACAGUCGAUCAAAUGCAAAUAUAUCAAGCAAUUGCUGAUUGCAAUCGACUACGAACUUCUGAGUAUCCAUCGGCGAAUACUGUUCGGUAUGUUGAGACUAGUAUGGUUACUGGAUUCGGGUUGGAAUAUAUUUAUAGAUAUUUUGGGGUUCCUUUUUUACAGUUGCAGAGAAAUAUACUUCGCCAACAAUUAGAAUCAAAAACGAGGGAAUUAGUUGAGUUGUUAGAUGCGCUUGAUCAUAGUGAAAUAAUCCCGAGUAAUAUUCGGAAACGACAAGUUGAAUAUUCUUCACUUGGUCAAGAGGAGGUUGAAGAUAACGAGGAAGAAAUACGGGAAAAGGAAGAGAUAAAAAAUUUAUGGGAUAAAGAAUAUGAAGAUUUGGUUCUUCAAAAAGUGUCUGAAAACACACAAGGGAAAUCAAUUUCACCAAAACAUUCAACAGAAAUACUUUGCAGCACCGCCGAAACUACUACUCCACUUGUAUCACCCCCUAAUCAACAAACAACAACAGCACAAGUUAUCCCUGAUAUAGGAAUUAUCGAUGAAUUUAACGCCGGGCAAUUACAAGAUGACUUUUUCGAUGAUGAUACUCUUGAUAAUAAUCCAGUGCAAAUGUCUUUACAGGUUGUUGAAUCUAAAAAAGAUGAAGAUGAAGAGGAUAACGUCAAUUUGAUGGUUGCUCGUGACGAAGAUCUCGUCGGAAAACCAUCCUUUAGUAGUGAUUUGUUACCAGACAUGUGGCUUCGUAAUCGCCAAGGAAUCACAAGAGAAACUAAUAUGCUUGAUCGUCGUCGAUCGUCAUCUGAAUCGCAUGAUGGUUACGAAUUUACUACACAGCAUUUAUCUGAUACACGUAACAGUAAUAAUAACGUAGAACAGGAUGAUGCGUUCCGAGGUAAUCAAUCAUUUGAUAUGUCAUCAGGAGGAUACACAGGUGUCUCUUCAUUUGGACCUAACAAUGGAUAUGAAGAGAUUGGUGAAGGUAGUGAUAAUCCGUGGGUGGAUGAGAAUGUUGUAAUUUCUCAUCAAAAGGAAGAAAGGACAUUACCAAUAUUAGAUGAGCCUAGUAAUAAUGAUAAUAUUUCGAAACAAGGAGCUUCUUCAGCUCACAAUUUUUCUAUUGAAUAUAAUGAAGAUAAUAAUAAGUCACCUACAGAAAAAAAGCGUCACUCUUUGCAUCUUCAUCACCCAAAAUCAUUUCUCGAAUAUGAAGAUUUAUCAUCGUCUGCCUCUUCUUCACCUUGGGGAAUUCUGCUUUCAGAUAAUACGACAAUAAAUUCGCCAUCACCUAUGAACUCUUUACAAUCCCCAUAUUCCACGUUACCAACAACUAUUGCAACUACAACAAACAAUUCAAACGAUAAAUCAUCUUCAAAUAAGAAGCCAACAGAAGAACGUAAUCAAGAAGCUACAGUGUAUAUAGGAAAUCUUGAUGAAAGAUGUACAGAAGCUUUGAUUUGGGAAUUGAUGCUUCAGGCGGGGCCUGAGAAACACAUAUAUUACCUCAAGGAUAUUUACCUUGAUGUAAAUGUUCAUUUACCAAAAGAUCGUGUAACACAGACUCACCAAGGGUACGGUUUUUGUGAGUACAUGAGUGAAGAUGAUGCCGAUUAUGCAAUAAAGAUUAUGAAUCAAAUUAAAUUAUAUGGAAAGCCAAUUCGUGUCAAUAAGGCGACAUCAGAUAAAAAGAACCUGGAUGUAGGCGCAUCCUUGUUUAUUGGGAACUUGGAUCCGGAUGUUGAUGAGAAAAUGUUGUAUGAUACGUUUAGUGCGUUUGGGGUUAUUGUGCAAACACCAAAGAUUGCACGAGAUCCUGAUACCGGAAACAGUAAAGGCUACGGAUUCAUCUCAUACGAUAAUUUUGAUUCAUCGGAUGCUGCGAUUGACGCUAUGAAUGGGCAGUAUCUGAUGAAUAAACCAAUUACAGUGUCAUAUGCGUUCAAGAAAGAUGGCAAAGGGGAGAGACAUGGAAGCGCUGCUGAACGAUUGUUGGCGGCGCAAGCAAAAAAGAAUCAAAGCCUACCAAACCGUCUUUUCGCAGAUGUCAGAACAGCACCGGUAGCAAUUCCUCCUCCAUUACUAACACCUGCAGCACCACCUCCGCCACCAAGACCACCCAUGAUGAAUGGUAGUAGCAGUAAUGGUGGGAGUGGCGGUCCUUCCCAGGGAUACCCACCUAGACCGCCAAUGGUACCAGGGACACCCCCACCACCACAAUACAAUUUAUCAUCAACAAGUAAUCGUCCGUCUUUUUCUUCACCUAUACGACCUCCAGGUCCAUAUAGCCAGUAUCCACCGCCACCUCCCCCGCCUUCAAAUCAAAACCAUAAUCACUCAACAUCAGGUCGUUAUGCACCAGAACUUUCUCAAAUCAAAGUGCCUAAUGCAGGUAGCUCGCGCCUAGGAAACUUGUACACGGAAAAUAGAAAUACUAAUACCAGUCGUAAUAAAUAUGAAGCCUCAAAAUUUAAUCAAGGAUUAAAUAAUGAAAGAAGUUCACAAAAUUAUACUGAAAGACAUGAUGAUGGUCCUACUUAUUUCGGCCGUGUUCCUGAAAAAUCUCGUUCUUUCGAUACAAAUUCUGACUAUAGUAAUCAUUUGAAAUCUUUUGACCGAGGUUUGAAUCUGAAUCAAAGAGAUUAUAAUCAAAGAAAUUACACCGAAAAAGAUGAUGACGGUUAUAAAAAAUUCCGCUCUUUUGACACAAAUUCUGAUUAUAAUACUGAACGGCCAUCAUUUACUAGUAAUCGUUUUGACCGAGGCUCGAAUUUUAAUCAAGGAAAUUACAAUCAGAGAAAUUAUAAUCAAAGAAGUCCCGGAACUUACACCAGGAGAGUUGAUGAAGAUCGUACUUAUUUUGAAAAAGUCCGUCCAUAUGACGAUUAUAAUUCUGAAAGACCAUCAUAUAUUAAUGAUCGUUCAGAAUCUUUUAAUCGACAAUCAUAUUCUACUAGAAACCGCGAUAUCCCGAAUUACGAAAAACAAACUCGAAAUUUUCCCGGUAUCAGCAAAGAAUAUGAUGAAUACAGUUAUGAACAAAGUGGAUCGCGCUAUCCUCAAAGAGACUGGGGACGUUCACCGUCAAACUUUCCAACUCGAGAAGAUUCUUACAGCACUUAUCGUAAACGAACCCAAUUAGCUCAUGAUCGAACAGAUAAAAAAUCUAAAUCUGGUGGAUUACAAUCGAAAUCACUUUCUUAUGAGGAACGAGUAGAACUUUUGCGUGAAGCAACAGAAAGGAAAGCAUACCGAGAAAAAUUCGCAUAUAAGCAUGAAUGGCCUGCAAUUUUUACUCGUCUUCACGGAAUAACCGAUAAAAAGAUAAUGCAUCUUGAGAAACUUGUCGAGGAUGGUGCAUAUAGAAAAGAGCAUAAAAUGGUAAUAGUUCAAAAUGAGAUCAAUGUACUGAAUCUUGUUAAACAAGAAAAACCUAGUUUGAUCAAAGCGGAAAAUUAUUAUAUUCUAAGCAUCGAUAUGGCACGUAAGAUUCUCGGAACUGCGGCAAGACCAGAUCGUCAUGAAAUUUUUGCUGAAGUUCCGUUUCCAGUUGUUCAAAUGCCUGAAAAGAAAGAUCUCGAUAAGCUGUUAGUGUUGGAUUCAGCGAACGAAGCAAUCGAUUUGGGAUUGUUAAUCCAUAGUGCAAAGGCAUUGGGAUGGAAGGGAUCAUUUAUGCUAAGGAGUACUAAUGAUAAAUUCAACGAUUUUGUAAUACGAUAUUCAGGGUUUCAUUCAUUAACAUGGCCAUGCAUAUAUGGAAGCUUUGAGGAACUUAUGGAUUAUCUAAAAAAAAAUGAAAUGUCCCUUCUGACAGCUUGGGUCGCACCCAAGGAAAUACUUUCUCAACGUACUUCUAUGCAGGAUUCUAAUUUACUAUUUUGGAAACCUCAAUCCAAUAGCCUAUAUAAUGGACCACUUCCAUCACGUAUUGCUCUGUUUCUGACUCGUGAAUCUACGCUACCUGCUGUGGCUGAAUCUUCGAUGAGAGUGAGCUUGCCAACUAAAGCGGAUGAUAAUAUAUUACAUCAUGUGAUAGAUAUAACUAGUGCCGGUAGUAUAAUUAUGCACGAGAUUAAUCGUUUAAAGGAACAUUUUGGUGAUCAAAAAUCACCCCCUGAUUGGCCUUUAUUGCCUACAAUAUUGUCUAAAUCAGACGAGAUUGAUUCGAAAACCGAACCGAUGGGAAGAACAACAGAAAACGAACAACAGUAA